AUGGAGAAACAAAACGCAGUCGUUUUGUUACUCUUAUUCGUUCUUCUUCUCGCCGACGCAACAACCACCGUGAACGGCGAGGAUUCGAACACUAAGAAGGGGUUUGGGACUACCGGGAAUAAAACUAUGCAGAUGAUGGAGAUUGCGGCUUUUCUUGGACACGUUGGAUCCAAAACCUCUUGUGGUUAUGGAGUGGCAACUGGAGGACCUACGGCCUGGGGUCUAUGUUACAAUCAUGAAAUGAGUCCUAGCCAGACAUACUGUGAUGACUAUUACAAAUUAACAUACCCCUGCACUCCUGGAGCUGAAUACUACGGACGUGGAGCCAUUCCUAUUUACUGGAACUACAAUUAUGGAGCUGCUGGAGAAGCUCUGAAGGUGAAUCUACUUGACCAUCCAGAAUACAUAGAGCAGAAUGCAACCCUUGCAUUCCAAGCUGCAAUUUGGAAAUGGAUGACGCCCGUCAAAAAGGCACAACCCUCUGCCCACGACGCCUUCGUCGGUAACUGGAAGCCUACCAAGAACGACACAAUAGAGCACCGUGUACCUGGUUUUGGCGCUACAAUGAACAUUCUCUAUGGUGAAGGGGUUUGUGGACAGGGUGAUGUUGACUCCAUGAACAAUAUUGCUUCCCAUUUCCUAUAUUAUCUUGAUCUUCUUGGUGUCGGCCGUGGAAAAGGUGGGACCCAUGAUGUUCUUACCUGUGCUGAGCAGCGUCCUUUCAACCCAAACACCAAAAUUGCAUCAUCUUAA